AUGUCGUCCAGUGACCAGCCUCAGAAGAUCCCAGAAGAUAGAGCUGGGCAAGACACCCAGUUCACGCCGAGGCCGCCUUCAUUCGCCGGCUCUGGAGCAACAGACUCGAGACAAUGGGAAGAGCCAACAGCACUAGACACUACAAUCCGGCGAGACUAUGGAACCCUGAACAGCGGGGUCUAUGCAUCAAGCAGCCAGAGACCACGCAGCGGACAACGAAAUGAUGAAUCCCAAGAGUCUUCUGGCGUCCUACCUAUAUCCCCACAAGCUUCCAGGCGGAAACCUCCCAUGAGAAGAGUCUCAACCCGGAAACAACUGCCUCAUCGAGGCGAACAAUUCUCGGUGGACGAUGACCCUGACGAAGUCGAAGUUGACAGAGAGUUUCAGACAACACCCAAUACACAGUCCUUUCCGUCUUUGACCCGAUCACAAUCCACCAUUCGUCGCAGAACUGCGGCCGCACUCCCGCAGUUACCACGUGUUGAUUCCGCAGAAGAGGAGGCCGAGGAGACGGUUCAACAGGAGUCUGCUGCAGCACCGCCACCAGCUGAAGAAACCGAUCCUGAAGCAGAAGGCGAAGAAGAAUUGGAAGACUCUGAGGAGGCGAACCUGAGUGAUGCGGAGAGCUUCACCUUGAAAGAUCGACAGUUGGCCAUCAACGAGACGCAUCCAUUUGGCAUCAGGAUUUGGAAGCCCGCAUUAUACAAAAAAUCCAGAUCAGUCGAGAAGGGUGCGGAGGAGGACAUUCAUUCCUCACCCAGUCAGAUUGUGAGCACCUGGUUGUGGUUCUUCAACUGUCUGUGGACGGUUCUGUUCGGCUGGUGGCUGAGCGCUGCAGCGCUUUUCGGAGCCUUAGUCUGUUACUUAUUUGCCUUUGACCCUAGUGCGGCUGCAUAUGGCGGAGUCUUCUUGGGCCUUGCUCGCUACCUUUUCUGGCCCUUUGGAAAGUUCGUAAGACUCGAGCAAGAUGAAAAUUAUGCCGAGGAAGACGAAGGCGAAGGCCGCAGCAUCAGCGAGUACGAACGAUGGCAGAGUGGAGAUCUGGAGUAUGGCCGACUUAUGUUUGGGCCCACCCUUACUCACACUGGAUCCAUCGUUGGCAGACAUCGAAACAGUGUCGACUCUGCGAGCGAGAGCGACAGCCUCUUGUACCGAAGCGGAAGAGCAGACCGUCAGGAGACCAAUUCGAGCGCCAAAUCCAAACGGCGACUAUUUGGCCGUGGGCAGUGGACACUGGGCAGGGUCAUCUUCUUCAUCUUCUUCUACUUCAAUGUCGCCCCCUUGAUGCUCCUUGUGUCGAUGGUCUGUUGGUUGAUGGUGUUCUGGAUUCCCAUGGGCAGGGUCACCUUGAUCCUAUUCUACCACCUACGGAAACGACCCUUGGCCUUGACGUUCCACCGAGAUGCCUCGCUUGCUAGAAGCUCUACCAAGCCCUCGUCAAUCCUGCUGUGUACUUACCGGGCGGUGGGGAUAAAAUACUGGAAAUACACCGUCGAUGGAACCAACAUCUUCCUCAUCAACUUUCUGGCCAUCGUUGUCUUUGUCAUUUUCGACUACUUCAUCCUCAAGCUUGCAGCUGGUUUAGAUAUCUGGCUGACCAGUCCCGCACUCAUGUUCACACUGGCCCUUAUCUCCAUCAUCCCUCUGGCCUACUUCAUUGGGCAAGCAGUGGCGUCUAUUUCAGCUCAAUCAUCGAUGGGGAUGGGGGCCGCAGUCAAUGCUUUUUUCUCCACCAUCGUCGAAGUCUACCUGUACUGCGUCGCCCUUAACGAGGGGAAAGCGUCAUUAGUGGAGGGAAGUAUCAUUGGCAGUAUCCUCGCUGGUAUACUUCUCCUUCCUGGGUUGUCGAUGUGUUUCGGGGCGAUAAAGAGAAAGACUCAACGCUUCAAUGUCAAGUCCGCUGGUGCGACGUCUACUAUGCUGCUGUUCGCCGUAAUUGCAGCCUUCGGCCCAACCUUGUUCUACAAGAUCUACGGAAGCCACGAGCUCAUCUGCAGGGCGUGUACUGCAGAGGGAGUGGAUACUCCCGCAGAUUGUCGGCAAUGCUAUUUCCGCCAGGUGCCAGCCGUCUCAGAUGACUUCUUCCUGAAAGCCGUACGACCUUAUUGCUGGAUUGCUGCUGUGUUUCUCUUUUCGUCCUACAUCAUUGGCCUUUUGUUUACUCUGCGGACUCACGCUGCCAUUAUAUGGAGCACCGACCUAGAUGAGAAGAAAGUUCAGCCUCCGACGGCUGAUGUGAGUCCGAUGGACACCCGACAUCAAAGCGUAGUCAACUCUCAGAACCUGCCUAGACCCGACGGGUCUUAUCUCCCUCGAUCCGCUAUCAGAGAGUCCCAGCUAUACAAAAAGAUCUUGGGACAGUCUCUGCGAUCCGCCGGGCUUCCAGAUGGCGAUGCGAAUAUUGAACGCGAGCAAUACAGCUCCCACGAAAGCGCGUCACACGUCUCAGCUAUCGACCAGCAUCACCACAAGAGUGAUUUACCUCAUGUGGUCCCGCCUAAAUCGAGUCACGGUUCCGAGGACAUCCGAAGCCCUCCUCUCCCUCCUGUCCUGCCUGGACUAUCUGAAGAAGACAACAAUAACCUGGUUCGACAGGUUGCGGAGUUGGCGGCCACAGCAGCGACGAUUGCCACUCGAGAUGCAGUCAAUCAUCCACGGGCCGCAUCGUAUCAGGCAACUCAUGCUUACAAGCAAGAGACUACAAAACCCCAAAGACCGUCCGUCGUUCGCAGAGAUACUGUGACAGAGGAGGGCAAUGCAAAUGCUGCGACGGACCAAGUUCCUGUGCCUGCUGUUGAGGGUGGUGGUCACGAUGCUCCGAAUUGGUCCAGGGCAAAAUCAUCCAUCAUCUUGCUGACGGCAACGGUUGCUUACGCUAUCGUGGCUGAAAUCCUCGUCGAUACCGUGGAUGUUGUGCUUGAUUCGGUUGAUAUUGAUGAGAAAUUCUUGGGCAUUACCUUGUUUGCUUUGGUGCCCAACACGACGGAAUUUUUGAACGGUAUAUCGUUUGCUAUGAAUGGGAAUAUUGCGCUUAGCAUGGAGAUUGGAUCAGCAUAUGCACUGCAGGUGUGCAUGCUUCAGCUUCCGGCUUUGGUCCUGUUUUCCGCAUUGCGUUGGCCCUUUAUUGACCCACAAAACCUCAUCAACCACACCUUCAAUCUCAUCUUCCCGCAAUGGGACAUGGUGACGAUUAUUCUCUGCGUCUUCCUGCUCAGUUAUAUGUCUGGGGAGGGGAAGAGCAAUUACUUCAAGGGCAGUAUUCUGGUCCUGACGUACCUCGUGGUAGUACUAGGAUUCUAUUUCAGUGGUUUCACAACUCUGACCAUCAUGGGGGUGGAUCCUAACGAUACAUUGGCCAUCAUGUCAAGCAUGGCGUGGCAACAAAAUACACCUGGGCCGAUCCGAGUCCCGAGGGUGGUCAGCGGGAGAGAGUUGUAA